UCGACGUCCUAAAGUCAUGGACAGCUCGUCGACGAACCGCGUCGACAUCGCUGGCACUCCCACCGACGCAGACGACAGCCACCUAUAUGGAUCCACCCCUGAUUCAAGCGAUCGCAUGUCCAGAAUGCAUCCUUCUUCCACCAAUCUUUCGCCUACCAAAGCAGCCAUCGAUUUCGACCGGUUCUACGGGGACGGGUCGUUCCUAAAACUCCUGCAGGAGACCCUGCAAAAGAACGCCAGUGUGCUCAAGCAGGGCGUGGUCAAGUUGGCAUUGAGUCCCAUCGCGAUAGCGUACCUGAACGAUCGGCUGCACGCGACGUUGUGUCCAAAACGAGCGACUGACAACAGCGGGCGUGUUGAUGGAUGGACCAUUCGAGAGUCGGCACACACGCAGUCGUUCCUCCGCGUGGUAUCUCCACGGAAGCGCGACAUCUUCAACGACGACGCCCUCGUGCCAGUGGGGCAUCUGGACGUGCUGAAGCUGUCGACGUUGUUGACCGAGACCACCUGUGUUAAAGUGACAGGAACACACGAACAACCAUCGUUGUCAAUGGCUGUUGUGUAUUUCAAUAUCUUUCCCAGCUUGAAACGUAUCGAGUUGAAUCGGCUGCCAGUCACCGCGUUGGACCAACUGGCGUGCUUUGUAGCGCAAUUGGAGGUAUUGCAAUUAACAGAAUGCGUGAUGCAGUCGCCGCUGGUGGUGCUGAGACACUCGACGGCUUGGACAUCGCUGACGAAUUUGAAACUCGUCCACUGCGACCUUCGCGAGUGGUUUCCCGACGAAAUGCGGCAAGUGCCAGUGCUUGAGCAACUGGAUUGCUCCCACAAUCGCCUCAGUGCAUUGCAUGACCUUCCAGCCCCAUCGACAUUGCAACUCGUGACAUUGAGCCACAAUCGACUCAAAUGUGUCACCCUUUCCCAGUCGUUUUCAAAGCUAACGUGGCUCAAACUCGACCACAACGCGUUCGACACGCUACAAACCCUGCCGUGGGCCUACUUGCCUCACCUUCAACACCUGGACAUGUCGUUCAAUGCGCUUGACGAUUUAGCCGAAGUCAGCGGCCUCAGUCAAGUUAGAGAAUUGCAAACGUUAAAGCUACGAGGAAAUCCGCUCGCUGGCUUCCCCGACUACCGUCGACAAGUGUUGUUUUACGUGGGCCAUGCCAUUGAAUUAGACGACCUGCCUUGGACAUGGACAGAACUCGACAGCAUGCGGUUCUCCCGGCAUAACAAACGCACUGCAGACCCCCUGGCGUACCCCCGGUUACCCCCCAAAACGAAUCAACUGCAAGCUCGUGUGGUCCAGAUUCUCGACCCGCGACCUCCAUAUCUGCCCAUGAUCAUCCGACGGACUAGAACGCAAAGCGCGGCAUUUAGUGAAGCGAGCGCGGCGUCGAGCGUGGAUCGUCGAAGUGUUGCUUCGGAUUCUGAAGGGCCCAUGUCUCCAGCAUCGUCGAAAGUCCGGGCAGCAUCGUACCACGUGGACGAAUUCCUUCGGGAUUUGGCGGCGGAAGAAUCGCCCGACACGCCACACGACGACUGUCUUGUUCCAUCGGAUACAUUCGACCAUGUGAUGCCCCCCACGACUCCAGGUAUGGUCGUGACGAUUUUUCUGUCGAUGGAACAAGCCGACAACCUGGACUUGCCGUUGAGUCGCCAAGGCUUGACUGGUCUUGUCCACAUCACGCCGACCAAGUUGAUGGAAUAUCUGCCGGGCGGGGGAGUCAUACAGCGCCAUCGUGCGCACUUGUUGUGCAUGGCCGUGUUACCUCCGCUUCACGAUGCCAGUACGACGAUUCAAUUGGGAUUCCGCCAUCGACCGACUGUCGCUUACAAGAUGGCCGAUAUGGCAACGGCAUCGACUUUGGCGCGGACGUUGCACGACACGUUGGCAGAACAGCACAACGUGGUCGCGCUCAAGUGCAAAGCAUGCAGUGCAUUGGUCGUGUCCAAGGAGAAGCAGGCCAAACUCAAACCAGACCAGCCCAUGGUGUUAACCAUACGCCAGUGCUGGAUCUGCAAAAGUGCCAAUGGACGCGAGUACUCUGCCGAGAACCUUCCCCAGUGCUACAAGGACCUAGGGCUACAAAUAGAACUCCCCUCUACUCGACCACCACAACCACCCAAACCCCCUUCUUAUAACCAAAACCACCAAGAACGAGGUUUUUACUUGGACACAAGUGACGACGACGACAGCGGCGGCGGCGGUGAUGGCUUGAUGGAGCGAGAUGAGAUCAUUUGGGUAGUCACGGACACGUAUAUGAAGCAAGUCAGGGUGACGCCAGCCGAAAUGGCAGAUGGGGACGAGGACCAGACUCUCGAUAAGAUGGUUUUAUACCGGCGGUUAUGUGGCAUAUAACGAUGAAUUCAACCAGUACAUUCUAUCUAGCA